UCGAUGCUAAUACGUCUGGCAUCGAUACUUAUUCAACAUCUGUGCUGCCUUUGCUCCUCCAGAACUUUUACAUAAUCUGAGCCCCCGUUUUGUGUGAAAUUCGGUGUAAAUAUUGUUAGCAGCGUUAAGCAAGAGAUGUCGUUCACACAAGUCGCACGUAGCUGCGGCCGAUUUGCGGCUGCCCUGAGCACAGUUCGCAUCGCCAAAACCGUUGUACAGACACAGUCUAGGAUGCUGCACCGGAUUGCCAUGCCUGCCGUUGGCACUCAACUCACUCAUAACCAGAAGUUCACGGUUCGUAACUACUCGGACAGUAGAUGUCGCUGGCAAACGCAAUCGUUGCGCAGCUAUUCGGCGAAACCGCCAUUGUCGCUGAAGCUUAUCAACGAGCGUGUCUUGCUUGUAUUGAAGCUGUACGAUAAGAUCGAUCCCAGCAAGCUUAAUGUGGACUCGCACUUCAUUAAUGAUUUGGGCUUGGAUUCGCUGGACCACGUAGAGGUCAUCAUGGCCAUGGAAGAUGAGUUUGGCUUUGAGAUUCCCGAUUCGGAUGCUGAAAAGCUUCUGAAACCUGCCGACAUCAUUAAAUACGUCGCCGACAAGGAGGACGUGUAUGAAUAGAUGUAAUGCGAAAACAUUAAAAAUUUACACAUUAAUUUUAAAUGAAAGGCAUCAAAUUCAAUUUGAAGAAUAUAUA